AUGCUGCGUGGCUCCCUCUGGCGGCUCCUGGCCGUGGCCGUGGCCGUGUCGGCGGCGACGGGGGCGGUGGCCGCCCUGAAGGCCGGUCGGAGCCUGCACCGGGACUUCGACGACGGAUGGGUGGUGGAGCUAGCGCUGGACCGGGAGACGGGGUCCAGGCUGGAGUCCAAGGACCGGUACCUCUUCGGGCGGUUCGAUCUCGACAUCAGGCUCGUUGCCGGCAUGUCCGCCGGGACCCGGGACCAUCGCUUCCUUCAACGUAAGUGUACAUGGAUCUCUCUGGUCGACUGCAGUUUCGUUCUCGUUUCUGACUGCCUAAUUAACCGGCAUCUCCGCACAACUCGCCCCUGCUAUGGCGGCGGUGCUGCCGAACAUCACCAGCCUCCUCUGAUGAGGGAGGUGGCUCGGCCCAGCCAUGGCCCUGGCACUUGCCAUGGGAGAGUAGGGCGGCACCGUCGUGGGGGUGGAUGA